AUGUCGUCCUUCAUCUUUGCGGACCGCUUCGUCCUGCCAGAGACGUCGCCGCUGCUGUCGCCGCGGCUGCACCGCCUCUUCUACGUGUCGCUCGCGCUCCAGCACGCCGCCUUCCACCUCGUCUCCAACACCUGGCUCAAGGGCGAGGGCAAGGAGAUGCUCAAGAAGCGCUGCUGGAUCCUCACCACCAUGGCCAGCGCCGUCAUGUGCGCCGCCAGCCUGCCCUACCUCGCCGACCUGGCCCGCAGCGGCUUCGACCUGCAUCAGCUCCGUCCGCGCACUGCCACCGUCGCCGAGCCGCUGGCCGCGUACUUUGUCGCCUACCUCGUUUCCGACCUGGGCCUCGGUUCCAUCUACUACCGCAGCAUGAUCAACCUCUCGAGCGGCUGGGUGCAUCACAUUGGCUACAUCUUUCUCUUUAGCUGGUGGGUCCACCGCGGCUGGGCCCACCUCGCCGCCACCGCCGCCAUCUUUGAGCUGCCCACCCUCAUCAUGGGCCUCGCCUCGAUCCACCCGCCCCUCCGCUCCAACAACGCCUUCACCGCCACCUUUUUCGCCACCCGCAUCUUCUACCAUUUCGCCCUCGCCCUCGCCAGCUGCACCGAGUACGGCCGCAGCAUGCCCGGCGUCGGCGGCAGCUGGGGCCCCGUCGUCAGCAUGAUUGUCACCUACCCCAUGCACGUAUGGUGGGGCUACAAGUGCAUCCUCAGCGUCCGCAGGCGGAUGCGCAAGCGCAAGCUCGCCGCCAGGGAGGUCCAGAGCGCCAAGGCGUCGCUCGCCGCAUCCGCCGGACAGCUCCUCACCGGCCUGCCCGCGCCUGACGUCAGCAGCGCCGUCAACACGCCCGCCACGACCCCGGGCGCCGGCGCGGUGCCCGCCACGGCCAACUUUGGCUCCACGGGGCCCGUCCACACGGCGUUUGCCAAGGCCGCGUCCAUGGCGCGCCCGCCGGUCAACCUGCUGCUGCCCAAGUCGCGCCGCAGGUCGGCCGAUGCCGUCGGCGGCGCGGCCGCUGGCCCGUCUGCUGCCGCCGUCAGCGACGAGCAGCUGCUCAAGCAGGCGCCCCUCCUCAACCGCAGGCUGUCGAGCAAGUACAUCAACACGCAGUCGGUCUUCACCGCGCCCGGGCGCACGAAGCGCUACCUGGCUGCGCAAAAGGCGCGCGCCCGUCGAGCCGUCCUGCGCGCCGUCCGAACGGCCAUCAACGGGCGCGAUGCCGAUGGCCUGGGCGGCGGUCGCAAGCUCGGCGUCAACGACGACGACGUCGACGGCAUCGCCGACGGCUACAUCUCGGCGACGUUUGCUGACGGCGCCGUGUCGUCGGCGGCAACGACGGUGCCGAGCGCCGUGGACCGGACGCUGCUCCGGCUCGACUUUAGCUCGCUCAUCGCCUACCUCCCGCCCGACUUUUUCGGGCAGGACUACGAGAUCCGCGAGUAUCCCGUCGAGCGCGAGGUCGAGGGCGGGCGGCGGAGUCGGAUCGUGGGCCAGAUCCGCCGGCGGAUGGAGGUGGCGCGCAGAGACAUGGUCGUCUUUUGA